AUGGAUAUUAUACAACUGUUCAAUCAAAGCAUUACAAAUUAUCAACAAUUAAGACACAGUAGUGAUGGCAAGAAUAGCUUUUUUGCUGAUUUGAUGGAAUUGUUGCAUACUUUAAUUGAAUAUGGAUUCUGCUGGAAUUUGAAUGAUAAUAGCAAUACUGUGCUUCAGCUUUUAAUAAAUUUUAGAGGAAAUGAAGUCCUAAUUAAUUUACCUUUACUUGUCCAAAUGCUUGAUGGAAGAGAUGAAAACAUCAUGAUUGGAGAGAGAGGAGUUGAUGUAGGUUAUAGUUUCAGACAAGAGAAUCUGUCUCUUUUCAGGCUAAAAGUGAACAUCAUCAAGGUAUUGCACUCUUUUCUAAAGCAACUGAUUUAUUUAGGGCUUGAGAGAUUCCUUACUACAUUUCCACGUUUGAAAAUUGAAGAUGGGGAGGAUUUAACUACUCAUGAUGGAAUGAAGCAUCUUUUCUCUCCCUUUCAGCUGUAUCAAUGCUUUGAUGUGGCAACACCGGAGGGUAGUAACCUAGAAGCAGUGCUAAAAUAUCUAAUGUGUUAUCCUAAUGAUGAUUUAAGACAGGCUAGUGUUACAUUACUUGAUGACAUAUAUAAAAAAGAGCACAAAAUGUUUGAAGAUGCAAGAAAUUCAUAUCUUAUUUUUAAAGAGGACAAUACUUUUACAGUUUUUUCUAAAAUGGGAAGUUUUGUGGCUUUUAAUAAAGAGGAUCCCAGAAAAGAGACCAAUCCUAGGCUCUAUCAGCAAAUCAAUAAGCCAUUACAGGCACUAGUACAAGGAUUUGGGGAUGAACGCAUAUUGGAGAACUUAGAGUGUUUUAGUUCGUCUAUGGUUACAGAAGAUAACAAUAAUGUACCACGAAGACGCAUUCAAAUGCUAGCAUUUACAUGUGGUAUUUUUUCAGCACUCAUGGUGUAUGUGCUGAAAUUCUCACAAAGAGUAUAUCAUGCAAAUACAAAUCAACCCCCACUCCUUAAUCAGUCAUUUAAAUUUCUGCAACUAAUGUGCCGAGGAAAUGAAAAGGUGAAAGCAAAGAUAUUUGUCAGUAUCCCUCUGUUAUUAAAAGUCAGGACAGGAGUUGCUGCAGUUGCUCAUUUGCUGGCUGAAGUUUUCAAGAAUAACAGGGAGCUUUGUCUAAGAAUAAGCAAUAAUGAUAUUGAGUGUAUGUACACUCUGGCCAGCACUUAUCACAGUGACAAUAGUGAAUAUUUGGAAUUUUUUAAAACUCUUGGUAUUCUCAUGAAACCGGACACAGAGGGUUCCAUUCUUAUUCAUCAGCAAUUUCUUUUUCGACUUUUUUUGGAUUCUUAUCAUGAUUGCUUCAGUGAUGUAAUGAGUUAUGAUGAUGCUGUAAUUCUUUUGGAAACGUCUAGCCAGGAUGACAAAGUGAUAUUUGCUUUUCAAAGAAAACUGCUCCUUUUGACUGAAUUUUUAGCAGCUUGUAGUGAAAACUAUCAAUUUGCAAAAGACAAGUGUUGCACCUUUUUCUCAUUGCAUCAACUAAUCAAUAUAAUCACAAACAAUGAAAUAGCCAAGAAUGAUCUCCAAAAACCUUUUGUUUGUUUCCUUGUACAAGUAUAUUUAUGCAACAGAAGGCAGUUGAAAUGCCCUAUUGAAGAUCCUAAUGAUGUGAUAUCAUUGCUAGCAUCAUUAAAACAAGUUGUGUCUCAGUUAUUAAGUGAAGAAGACAUUAAAACAUUUGAAGGAAGGCCACUAUAUCAAGAUGAACAAUUGAAAGAAUUACUGGAGCAGAGCUGUAUAAGAGAAGUGGCUACAGAAAUGCCAUAUGAAGAGGAAAUUGAAGAAAAAGAAAAAAAUAAAGUUUGGCAAGAUAUAGUGACUCAUUAUUGCUCUGUAUAUAAUGGGAUUGCUGUAAACACAAGACAUAUGAAAUUUUGUACAGAACCUGCCUGGACUAAUGGUUUAAAUGCUAGUCAUUUGCUCCAGCUUUACAAGAUGAGGUUGACACAAGGCUACUAUAUUCAUAUUAAAAAAUCUGAACAAGAAAAACUGGUUGAAAUUUUCAAAGAAUGUAUAAAUGAAAUUGAAGAACUCAAAUGUGUGACUAAAAGGCAACUAAGAGGGUCCAGUGAAGAGAGCAAUAUAAUUUUGGCCAGAGCUGCACUUAAUUUUUUUCAGAUCUUUGGAGUUCUUCAUCAAUGUGUUAUCAAAAUGAAUGAGCAUCAUUUUGCUAAAUUAAAGUCAAAACUUCAAUUCUUAUGUUCAUUUUCUCCUCAUUAUAUUGAAAGGCUUCUUUUAUCAGAGAAAGAAGAUGUGGGUCUGUAUGUUUUGGCAUUUUUUACAGUCUUUUUCCUUUACAAUGGAGAAAAUGCUACAGACAAAGUCAACAUUUUGGAGAUUCGUAGUGUUGCUAUAGGCAACAGAAACCUAUUCAAUAUAAUUGGCAGACAUAUACAGAGAGGCAUAGCUGAAUUGAAUAAACCUGAUGCAAUUCCAGAAAGUAGUCCAAGACUUCCAUUGCCAGAUUCACACUAUGGAUCAAUCAAUGAAGACAGCCAAAGCAAUAUUUAUCUAACACAUGUACAUGUAGACCAUGAUGAAGUGCCUGAAGCUGAAUUGGAAGUUGGAGUGACAGAUUUAAUUUGGCAAGCUGGGUUAUCACUAGAUGUGAUUAGUGCAAUGUGCUCUGGAAAAAAUGAUGAAAUGCAGGAUAAAAUGAGACUGGAUCCUUCUACUGGGAUAUGCUUUGUCAGAGAUAUAGCAAUUUUUCUUCGCAAGUUAGCCUAUUCAGGAGCUCAUUCAAGCUUAAUUGGAUGCAAGACCAAAGCAAUACAAGCACUGAUUGAACUGUGCAAUGGUAACAUUGAAAAUAAAAAGUAGCACUGGAUGGGCAAGUGAUGGACUCCAUCAACCUCAUACUCAGCAUUCCCUGCAAAGUAAGGAUAAUGGAAAUUGAGGAACAAAAGAUGCAGGGAGCAGCAAUUAAAUUGUUACAAAUCCUCUUGGAAGAAACUUGUAAAGAAAGCA